UAGUCGACUUCAUGAUCAAUUAUUGUUUUCACUCACACUGUCACAGUCUUCUUCAGACUUCGCCUUCCGACUGAUAAGUAAUCAGGAAAGCCAAGUGCAGCUGAAGUGGAAACUCUACAUGAGAAUUCGCCGUGGCGAGCCCGGCCAUAGCCUGAGUACGAACGUCCUUCAAGCAGCAUCGCCAGAGAAACGCCGGGCCCUGAAAGUUUCGACACUGAGCUGAGUCUGUAAUAAUUAUUGCUAUCUCCCUCUCCACACACCUAGUACCUGUAUGUCUGCUGUAAGAUCUGCGUCGCAUUAGUGGCUCACCGCUGAACUGCUGAUAGUUUGGGGCUCUCAGUGGCGAGUCCCUGCAGCCUGGCAUCCGCCUAGCCCGGUCCAGCACAUGAUCGGCUGAGCUCACCAGCAGGAAGCCUAGGAAGAACGCCCCGUGGACAGUCGACACCGUGUGUGACGAUCGAGUAAGCGAAGGUAUAGCAGUAUGGCCAGCUACUUGAGAAGCUUUGCUGAAAGGGCGUCCGAAGUCGUCUUCGAUCAGUUCGGCGGUCGAUUUCAUGACUUGGGCCCUGAGAACAUAGAAGAGUCGCUGAGUGAGGAGGCGCAGGCACUCUACCACGAAGUUUUCCAAGAUGUGGACUGCUCUCGAAUUAUCGAUUACCACGUUCAUCUUGUCGGCCAAGAGACUGAGCGUACAGGUUGUUAUUGCCACCCAUCGCUACUUGAGGGAAACAAUGUCCUGCAAAGAUUCAAGGCCAACUGCUUCCUGUCGGCAAUGAAUGUCAAAAGGGAUGACUCCGAUGAGGCCUACCUGGAGAGACUGAUGGCGCUCUGUGAAAAUGGAUGCCCACCGCGCUUAGUGGAGAGAGAUGGCGGUCACUGGCGUAUGUGUGGUCUGGCACUGGACUACGCGCAUGACACGAGCGGAGACGCAAACCCGGGCCGGACAAGCCUGCACAUCCCCAAUGAUUACAGCUACGACGUGGCCUGUAAGCGGCACACAUCGUUCAUACCGACGUGUUCCAUUCAUCCGUACCGUGCUGAUGCGGUCACGGAGCUGAAGCGGUGCCGUGACCGCGGUGUCAGGUUGAUCAAGUGGCUACCGAACUCACAAGACCUGAACCCGGCGAGUGCACAGUGUGAUGCGUUCUAUGAUGCAGUCAGAGAGAUGGACAUGGUCAUUCUGUCACACACGGGCGAUGAACAUUCCCUCACCGCUGGAUCGGUGGAAAACUCCUACGGCAACCCACUACUGCUGAAAAGAGCACUUGAUAGGGGCUGCAAAAUCAUCAUGGCCCAUUGUGCCUCAGAGGGAACAUUUCUGGACCUGGAAGCAAAUGAGCCGGAGAGAUCGCGUCGUAUACCAGGUGUGGAUCUGAUGAUACGGAUGAUGUCGCGGCCAGAGUAUGAGGGACUUCUGUUCGCCGACAUCUCUGCCGUUAUCGGGACACUCCGAGCGAAGCAUCUUAAAACUAUUCUCUCAGCAGAGCAUAUUCACGACAGGCUGGUGUACGGCUCGGACUACCCGGUUCCGGCCAUCAAUGUCGUCUCCUCUACCAAGCAACUCUGGAUAUUGGGACUGAUCACGUGGAAAGAUGCUCAGCUGCUGAACGAAAUCUACCGCUUCAACCCGCUGGUGUACGACUUUGCUGUGAAGCGUAAACUGUCCUUCGAAGGCCACCGCUUCCCAGUGACAGUCUUCCAGGAGCACCCCAAACUAAUCAUGACACACUGGCGUAAGAAUGCUCCUGGGAAAAAUUAGGCAGUCGCCUGAUGGAUUGUCCUGAUUGUCUCGGUGACUUGAAUUUUCUUUUCAGGAGAUUCUCAUCUCACUUACUGUGCCAGUAUGUGUGUGUGUAUGUGUGUGUGUGUGCAAGGUGAUAUUGGUGUAAUUAUUACCGAAGUACCGGUGUACAAUAACAACAGCCAGUAUGCAGUGUGUUGUGUUCAACGUAUCGCAGCGCAAAUCUGCCAUCACGUGAGACAUUAAAAAGCUACGUUGAUUAACACACGGAGUCUCUUGCCUCCUCUGCCUGUGGCCCUGACGUCUUAAAAGCACACACACACACACACACUCUCUCUCUCUCUCUCUCUCUCUCUCUCUCUCUCUCUCUCUCUCUCUCUCUCUCUCUCUCUCUCUCUCUCUCUCUCUCUCUCUCUCUCUCUCUUGUCUGCUAGUGUGUGCUGCAUGGGUCCUUAUCACUUCCGCAUGGUGUAGCCAAGAAGCUUUCAGUCAAUAAUAGUGUGCACUAUGAGCCCCAUGAUAUGCACAAGUAUAAGUAUAUUAUAGAAUUUACGAUGUGAAAACCUCCAGCCUGAUCCAAUUUAAAGUCAAUAACUUUACAUAAUGUUUUACUUGCGAGAUCUUGUCGAUUCAAACUGUUAUACUGACCAUUAACGCGACUCACUUUGCUGCCCCGCACGAUACUAUCACAUUCAUUUAAUUUCACUUGCCAGUCAUGAACGUAAUCCUAUUUUCAUGCUACUAGAAUACCAGUAGCAUUUGUUUGUGCAUAUUAAUUUUACGAAAUUUUACGUACAUGUACAUGCCUCAUUUUCUCUGUGCUGCGCUGGUGAGUCCACAAAGGACGAAACAGU